AGCUGAUAAAACAAAACAAAAAAAAAUUAAAUCAAAGUGAGAUUAUUUGGCAAAAUAAUCCAGUUCGACGUUAUCGGUUGUACUAUUCGGUGCAAGAAAGGUUUUCCUAUCGCAUAGGUACAGUUUCAAAGUUUGUUGAAUAAUCGAAACUAUAGCAGAUCCAUUCCAAAUAUUAAACCGAAUUCAUCAUGGGACUUACGGACCUUGAGGAGCAAUUUACAUUCUACGCAGCCUAUCAUCACACAACGGUCAACAAACUGAUCCACAUUGUAUGCGUUUGGCCCAUUUUAUGGUCAUUCUAUGUACUAUCCGAAUACAUUCCAUAUGUGGCACCUGCGCCAUUUAAUUCUUUUGUAUCAGCCGUUCAUCCGUUAAAUGUUACCUUCGUUGCCGCUGUUCUCUAUGCUGCUGUGUACAUAAUGAUGGAUAAAAAAGCUGGCGUCAUUGCAGCUAUUCUUUUAGGAUUUUGUCUCAUAACUGGACGAAAGUUCUACUUAGAAUCGGAAGCUAUGUUCGACUAUCCAGCCUGGCAAAUAGCAGCCGUUGUUCAAGUUGUUUGUUGGGUCGCUCAGUUCGUCGGACAUGGAGUGUACGAAGGACGAGCUCCAGCAUUAUUCGACAAUCUUGUGCAAGCUUUUGUCAUGGCCCCGUUUUUCGUAUUGCUUGAAGUCCUUUUCCACUUCGGAUACAGACCCGAUUUCCAGGAGAAAAUAUGGAAAAAAGUUGACAAGGAAAUUGCUAAAUUCAAAACACAAGCGAACAAAUCUAAAUCUGGUGUCAAGUCAAACAAAAAGAAAUAAUAAAAUCAACUCAAAAAAUCAUAAAA